AAAAGUCAGAUCAGUUCUAGAGAGGUUCUCGUUAAGACAGGGGUGAAAAACAGAAACGCUUCAGCAUGAGUGCGACCGACGUGUACAACUUUCAGCAGAGUUUUCCAUCUUACUACGGACAGCAGUACGCAUCAGUCAGUGCGUCAUCGUUCGAACAGAGCAGACUGGAGAGCUACUUCAACGGACACAGCUACCCGAGUUCACAAGCCACCAGUGGAGCGUUUCUGGAGACGGAGCACACCGAUAUCUUCCUGCAACGGCCAGAACUUUACUGUUCCUCCAGUGCCAUCGCCAGCAGCGACAAUGGAAGUCCAACGUCCACGAGCUACGAGGAUCCUCAGCUGCGUCUGCUUCAAAGUCUUACCUCAGAAGAUAGUAGCAGCAGCAGUAGUGCCGGAUCGGAGUGUGACAUCCCUGUGACACUGGCUUCAGUUCCAACGAACAUCAAAAUCAAGCGUGGCAGUGUCGUACCGACGGUUGUGAGGAAAAAGCGUCGUCUGGCUGCGAAUGCUCGCGAACGGAAGCGGAUGAAGGGAUUGAACGAGGCGUUCGACCGACUGCGCCAAUAUCUGCCCUCGCUGGGCAAUGAUCGGCAGCUGUCCAAACACGAAACACUACAGAUGGCACAAUCGUACAUUAGUGCACUGGCGGAGCUGUUGGACUAGAGCGACAGAGGACGUGGUGGCGCUUAUCCCAGUGUGUGUCCGUGUGCGUGAGUGGCUGACUGAAGGAUGCAAUAGUUAACUUAUUUGUUUGUUUAUUUAUGAUCGGUUAAGUUACGUCUGUACAUAAACGGGAAAGAUGUUUUUAAUGUUAAAUAGAAGAUCGAAAUUGUGAAAAGAAAUGGAAUUGAAUGUU